GUUCUUACCGAUAAAUUAAUAUUCUGUUCUAAUCACAGAAUUGGACGGUGUCGCCGACAUAAGAAUAUUCUGCAUUUGCGGCCACAUGAAAGGAGAGAGUCGAACACUUUCAUAUGUUUAAUACGUCAAACUUUUGACACGGUUUGUUGACAUUAGCAACCACCGUAGGAGCGUUCAGACUCGUUUGUGUUGGCUGUUAUAUAUUCAUGUGCUACAAUUCACGGAAAUUCGAGUAACUAGAGUAAAAAAAAUGGACUCGCAGACGUUGUACUUUUCGUUGGAACUUGUUGCCGGAAGCGGCCACAUUUUGAACAUUGAGCAGAGAACUGCUCUGCAGACUUCACUCAUGAUUCUGAGGAAAAACUACAAAUUCGGACGUGUCUUGUUUUGGGGAAAAAUACUGGGAUUAAAGGAGGAUUAUUUUAUUGCCCAAGGAAGAGGAGAGGACGAGCUGAAGGAUAAAAAGAACCUGUACAGCUUCAACUGCAUGGAUUGGUUCCUUCUGCCCCCUGCCACCAACUGCUUGAUCAACGAAGUGUCCAAAGCUGCCAGAGGUCGCUUCAUUGGAGACCCCUCACAUGUGUAUGAGCGUGUCCUCCGCAUUCAUUUAGAGGAUGAUGAAGAGCACGAGGAAGUGGUCAAAGUUAGUGAGGAGAACAGGCUGGCGGUGACAAUUCACUGGAUCGAUGAGGAAGCCUCUGUGGUACCACGUGGCGCAUUCAUCAAGAACCCGCAUGGCAUUGUCCAGAUGAACCGCAGUUUUUGUGGUCUGUCGGACUCGGAGGCUCGGAAGCUUGACAGUUUCCUUCACUUCAGGGAACCAAGGAAUCAGAAGGAAUCCAUCCUGGGGAUGUGUGAACUGAACCAAACCAUUGACUUUCUGGAUGUCUUGAGCGAUGACAUUCCUAAAGGAUCAUGGAGUCUGCAGUUUGAAUGUGCCAGAAAAGUCUGCGUGCUCCGCAGUCUGUUGUGGCUCGGCCUGACCUUCUACCAUGUACCAGUGACACCACAUAACGGAUACAUCUACAUCGGCAACGGGUACAGGAAUUUGGACCUUAAUUUCAUGCUGUAAAGAGACAUCUUGAAACUUUGUUGACAUUUUAUCUUCGUAAGUCAUAUGAGUUAAAGUCAUGCAGUUUAUGUUUAUAAUAGAGUUGCACGAUAAGUCUGACUGUGACAUGGUUGUGAUAGGAUAAAAAAUAAAGAACCUUUCACCAAAUUA